AGAGAAAAAAGUGGUGUAAAAGAAGAAGAAGAAGAAGAAGAAGAAGAAGGCAUGAAAGGAAUUGAAAGGGCGUACAUCAUUUUCGCGCUUUUCCCUUUCUGUACAACCACAACCAGAAAACUCUGAAACUAAUCCAACGGUUGAGAUUCAGUCUUCUUCCUCCUCCACUGUCCUCCAUUCCCAAAACCUCCAUUUUCUCCUCGCGUCUUAACUCCCCUCCUCUUCCCCUCCUCCCUUCUCUUCCUCUCUAUAUUCUCUUCUUCUUCUUCCCUUCUUCUCUGGUUCUCUCUGUGUUCUUCGCAUUCUUCCUUCCUUUCUUCCUUCCUUUCUUUUUCCAUUUUCUGUAACCAUGUCUUCCGCCGAGAAGGAGAGAGAGACCCAGGUUUACAUGGCCAAGCUCGCCGAGCAGGCCGAACGCUAUGACGAAAUGGUUGAGUGUAUGAAGAAUAUUGCAAAGCUUGACCUUGAACUAACUGUAGAGGAGAGAAACCUUCUUUCUGUGGGGUACAAAAAUGUCAUAGGUGCACGACGAGCCUCUUGGCGCAUCAUGUCUUCAAUUGAGCAGAAAGAAGAGUCUAAGGGGAAUGAGAACAUUGUAAAAUUGAUUAAGAGUUACCGCCAGAAAGUGGAGGAGGAGCUUUCAAAGAUUUGUGGUGAUAUUCUCUCUAUCAUAGACAAGCAUCUAAUCCCUCAUUCAUCCUCUGCAGAAGCCACUGUUUUCUACUACAAGAUGAAAGGUGACUACUAUCGUUAUCUUGCUGAGUUCAAGACAGAUCAAGAUAGAAAAGAUGCUGCUGAUCAGUCGUUGAAGGGAUAUGAGGCUGCCUCAGGCACUGCGAAUACCGAACUCCCAUCAACCCACCCAAUCCGUCUUGGCCUUGCCCUCAAUUUUUCUGUCUUCUACUAUGAGAUUAUGAAUUCUCCUGAGAGAGCUUGCCAUUUGGCUAAACAAGCUUUUGAUGAAGCAAUUGCAGAGUUGGAUACCUUGAGUGAGGAAUCAUACAAGGACAGCACCCUGAUCAUGCAGCUGUUGAGAGACAACCUCACCCUCUGGACCUCAGAUUUGCCUGAAGAUGGUGGUGAUGAAAUCUUCAAAGCUGAGGAUUCCAAACCUGCUGAACCUGAGCAGGCCCAGCAAGCCAAAUGAGAGAAGCCACUCUACAGGUUUCAUGUUGAGAGGGAAGUUUGUUCCCUUAAAAAGAGAAUUUUUAAAUAGCUCUACAGUGUGGGAUUGGACUGCACAAUAAAAUUUCUUGCGGCGUUUUUAACCAUUUGGUUUUGGUCCAACUAAAAGCUUAGAAGGAAAGGCUGGAGCUUUUUUGCCAACCUGUUGUUUCAACUUAAAAUUCAUCUCUUUCCACUUAUUAUUUCAUGUUACUGAUUCCUAAACAAAAACACGAAGUGGAGCGUUCAAUCAUAUAACAUAUAUCUAUUAUUGUAAUACACUUUUAUCAUAGUAUCGAAUAUAUCCACAAACUUAUGUCUUUUCUUCA